UAACCUCCAUUUUGUACGAUACGAUUCCCAAAAGCAGGCCAAAACGUGGAUGUCUCUCUCUCUCUCUCUCUCUCUCUCUCUCCUCACAUUAAAUUCACCAAAUUCCCUUCAAGGUUUUAUUAUUAUUCCCCAAGAUCUGCAAUAUCAAGCAACAGGCUUUUAUUUACUGUAACAGCUAGCAAGCCACAGAAGUGUUUGCACCUUGUGAAAACGAGAGAGAGCAGAGCAGAGCAGAGAGCAUGGAGGUGGGUCAGUUGCAGGAAAGAUUUGUUGACUACACAAAAUCGUUGUUUUGUGAGGGGUUCUUGGAUGAUCAGUUUCUUCAGCUUCAGCAACUUCAAGAUGAGAGCAACCCAGAUUUUGUGGUUGAAGUGGUGUCUCUGUUUUUCGAAGAUUCUGAAAAGCUUCUUAAUGAUCUUACCAAAACUCUAGAUCAGCAGUUUGUAGAUUAUAAAAGGGUUGAUGCCCAAGUUCACCAGUUGAAAGGUAGCAGUUCCAGCAUUGGUGCUCAAAGAGUUAAAAAUGCCUGCAUUGGAUUUCGCAACUUCUGUGAGGAACAGAACAUUGAAGGGUGUUUGAGAUGUCUGCACCAAGUAAAACAAGAGUACUCCCUUGUCAAGAACAAGCUUCAAACUUUAUUCAGGUUGGAGCAACAGAUUGUGGCCGCUGGUGGAGCAAUUCCUAUGGUGGAAUGA